GACCUGAAAGGAUUUGCUCCGUCCUCGCAAUGACUUGGACAGGCGAACACAUGGGGAAGUUGCUAGCUCCUGGAAAAUUCCUGCAUGUUGGAGGAACUGGAGCUGGGAAAACAUGAAAAUAGAAAAUCCGAACGAAAACACAAGCUAAAGUGUGCCAAGAACGAAUCGCCGUCGUCGUCGCCGCUGCUAUCCUCGUAGCCGCGAUGUGGGCCCAUGGAGGAGCCGUGAGUGGAGGUUCACGGCGGCUGGCCAGUGAUGGUAGCAAUGAGCGUGCGCGUUUCCCGGGCGCCGCGCAGUUUCACUUUGCACCAACAAUCAAUUUCAAAGACGGCGACGAUUCCUCUCAUCCACUGUGCUCUGUAUCCUGCCUGUAUCCUGUAUUCCGUGUGCGCUCGUUCCCUUAAUUUGCAAUCGUUUUCUUAUCGAAAAGCUCCAUAGCUUGUAAGGAUUUUUCAUGUGAAGCGUCUCUUAGCAUUGUGCGGUGGUGGAUUUGUGAAAAACAUAGAAUUCAGAUUCCGUGAAAAUGUGGAAAACUAUCUGAACAGUGACCAAAAGGUGCAAGGCUGGCAGGCUCAAGCCCUAGUUUAAACGGGACUCGGGGCAAUUCGUCAGUGAAGCGUGAUUUACUUGGAUUUAAGCUGUGGAUUCACUUAGAGCUCGUGCGUUUGGUGAAUGUCAUAGGUGAGGAGCAGAGCCUGGAUUUUGGACCAGACCUCGCGGCCGGGGUCGUCAUGUGAAUCCUCUGCAUAAUUUCACGUUAUGCGACACAAAAUGCCCUUCUGUGCCUGGUUUUCGUGACUUUACUGUUCUCAUCGCGUGAAAAUCUAUUGCAAUGAAUUACGCUUCACACCAGCGAUUUUCUGUCGCUUUGAUUUCCGCGUUCUCGUGAAAUAUUGUGACCCGAACCUAUCCCAUGGCAUGAUACAGGCGAAAGGCAAUCUGAUCAUAGGCUACCGUUGAAGCCCUAUCCGAGAAGAUUCUCUGGUUUUCAGUGUGUUCAAGGAGUGUUGGAUAUUGUGUGGUUCUAAAGUGAAAUCGGACGUGUAUCUGGGAUUCAUGUAGUUAUUCAGGAGCCCUGCGGUCGUUCGUGUGCAUGGAAAAUUCGGCCAAUUCAAAGUGUAGCGAACAUUAAUGACGAAGGAGAAACUUGGAAACGAGUGACGCAAACAACGAUAAUUCAAAUUCUUGGGAAUCCCACGUUGAGAGCGGCGCAUUAUCGAGGCGCGUCUGCCACUGCCUUCCUUGGUGGUGGUGUUGAAUUUCUACCCGCUUUUUUCAUCAAGAAUCGCAUAAUGUGAUUUCACGAUAACUCCUGGUUCUCAUGCUCAACACAUUGAAACUACAAUAACUAAACGGAAGAUAAAAGGAAGUCGGAGUUUAUGAUUUCAAUGCUAGAGACAAAAGUGAUACGAAAAGAUGCUGGUUGCAAACAUAAGUGCAGAGAUGUGGAAGACAAGCCAUCAUUUGGAGCAACUAUGUAACAAGCUGUAGACAGAGGAUACAGGGACGAGAAUAUAUUCUGUAACAAAACGCUUCUGCAAUUCAAUGAACCUGCUACCUUCGGACUGAGAAUACUGGAGCAAACAAAGCUGUAGAGAUGGCAUCGUUGAUUGUAAACAUUUUUUUUAUCUGGUUUUUAAUCGCAACAAUUGCAAGUAGUGUUGAUGGUUCCCAGAGAGAAUCUGCAAAAUCGAAAGAUACCAAUGCUCUUAGUAGUAACACGGGAGCGAACCGAAACAGUAUUGAAAUUGAAGAAAAUCGAACGGGACCCUAUUAUGAUAAGUCAGCUUCAAAAAAUAUAACAGCUCUUGUAGGAAAAACCGCUUAUUUAAAUUGCCGAGUGAAAAACUUAGGAAAUAAAACAAUGUUACUACAAGUAUCGUGGGUAAGGCAUCGUGAUAUCCAUUUGUUGACUGUAGGAAGAUAUACAUACACGUCGGAUCAAAGGUUUCGGGCCAUUCAUCAUCCACAGACUGAGGAUUGGAUUUUGCAAAUAAAAUACCCCCAGCACAGGGAUUCUGGAGUAUACGAGUGUCAAGUUUCCACAACGCCACAUAUGAGUCACUUCGUUCACUUGAAUGUAAUAGAGCCGACGACCGAAAUCAUAGGUGCCCCGGAUUUAUAUAUUGAGGCUGGCUCCACCAUAAAUUUGACAUGUGUGAUUUUAAACUCUCCAGAGCCCCCAGCCUACAUAUUCUGGAAUCAUAACAAUGCAAUCAUAAAUUACGAUUCGCCAAGAGGCGGCGUUUCGGUGGUUACCAUCAAAGGGGAAACCACAACAUCAUUUCUGCUCAUAAAGAACGCGAGACCUUCGGAUUCCGGUCAAUACCAAUGCAAUCCGUCUAACGCCAGGAGCAAAAGCGUUUCAGUGCACGUUCUAAAUGGUGUCUCUCAUUCUGUUUCCAGGGGAAUUCCCAGCAGCAAUGCAGCGCGCGGGCCAAGCUCAUCAUCACAUGUCACCACAUCACUACCUUUUAGUCUAUAUGUCAAUAUGUUUAUCUACUUUAGUAUUUAUUACACAACAGCGUUUUCUAUGCAUAAAACUAAUGUGACACUAUGUCUCAUAAGAUGCGUUUUAACAGCUCCCAUUUUCAUCGUUUCCUUAGUUGUAUUUCACCUAAAUAGCGUAAUUAAUUGCUACAGCAAAAGAGAAGGCAACACCCACAUCUGCAGUACGUUUAGCAACAAAGAAAGUAGAAUACUUAGAUCUAGACCUAAAUCCUUAGAAUUGGAUACGAGAAUUCAGUGCGAAGGUGCAAGUGGCUUCCGGUCUCACCUUCACGACAUUUGGAGGGGAUUCCCCCAGCUUCGGCGACUAUACUCUAGUACAAGGACGGCACGGAUUACCCAUAGAUCAAGUAGGAGCUCUAGUUUGUUGAUUCCGGAGUCUGUUGUAAAGUAAAAUUGAAUUUCACUUAGGAGUAAGAUAAUAGCUGUAAUUGACUAUGUGUAUAUAAGAGCAGUAUUAUAUAAAGUGAUUGACUCAAAGACGACUACAAUUGUUUUUAAAGUAAAUAUAUUGCAAAUUACAAUGGAUUGUUGCUAAAACUGUAAUUAGCAAGCUAAUGGCUUUAUGUACUUCAAAUUUAAUGUAAAUAAUAUAUAUUAUAUAUAUGUAUAUAUAUGAACUUCGAAAUAUUGAUGUGACAUUCGGAAUUAAUUUUCUAAACGCGUUUUCCUUUUCCCGUUUCGACUGUUUUGGUUACAUCUGUGAAAACUUGUUACAUCCAUUAUGUUACUUUCUUCAGCAUAAGUGUUUACUAUGAAGAAAAAAGAUAUUUUUAUGCUGAGAUCUGUUAGUUGGUAAUUCUCGAAUUUCUGUUUUUCGAAAGAUAGUGCACACUUCGAUAAGGAUAUUUUCGUAUUUGCAUUUGUUUAUUACUUCAAGGCUUUUAUUUUUAAGGCAAACAUAAUCUGAAAAUAAAUAAUAACAUGAAAAAU